AUGGACAGUAGCGGGCCGAAGUUCAGUAACCAUGAGCGCAAUACUUUUUUGUCUCGAGUUUUUGGCUCACAUUCUGCAGUAGGAAACUCUCUAGGCAAUACUGAAAUGACACAGCUCCCAAUAAGCGAGGAGAGAUCCAUGAGCCAAGACGAUGAUGUGAGGAUAUUGGAAUCCGACCAGGACAGCUCUUCGGAGGAGGAUGAAGAAUCAGAAGGGCCUCACAAUAAUGGGCGUUUUGACGGAAUUCAAAGCAUCGAGCUGGGCCCUGAUUCCAACGAAGAAAACUACAGCGACGCAAUCUCCAAUCGUUCACUACCUAAGCUGGGCCAAGGCGAGAGUACUGACAGUGAGGAUGAGGAUGAUGUGGAGAACGAUGAAGAAGAAGAAGAUUCACCGUUAUUUCGUCAGCCCGGAAAUUCAAAAAGAAUCAAUUAUAAGCUGCAUGGAAAGGCUAAUAGUCAUUUUACGUCAAAAGCUAAGGGUCAUACUGAACCAGGAUUUCAGAAUACACUGGCAGAAAGAGGGAAGGCAUUUUUCAAAGAUAAGAGACAACCGGCAGAAGAAAGCUUCCUUUUUAGAAAGAAGUCUAUAUGGGACGAGGAGAAUCAGCUUCCGAAAAGGAAAGCAAAUAGACCGCGGUUGUUCCAAAAUUUUACAAACAUCAGCAGAACUCCUGCCAAUAAAGUAAACACGUUGAGUCCACGAGAAAGAGCACUGUGGAAAUGGGCAAAUGUUGAGAACUUAGACGUUUUUCUGCAGGAGGUCUAUGAGUAUUACUUAGGGAAUGGAUUUUACUGUAUAUGCAUCGAAAAAGGUCUAAAUAUAGCAACUCUGCUAUUUGUUGUCUUUGUUUCAACAUACUUGGGAUAUUGCAUCGACUAUUCGAAACUUCCAAACAGUAAUAAAUUUUCAGAGGUUUACAUUGGUAAAUGCUACUCAACGCAAAUAACGGGCGUGACAAAACUUCUUUUAUGGAUGUUUUAUGUCUUUGUUGGAUUGAAAAUAGUCCAGCUUUAUUUCGAUAUUAGAGCUCUGCGGGAUAUUCACAAUUUUUACACUUAUCUGCUGGACAUAUCUGAUAAAGAACUUCAAACAAUAUCCUUGCAAAGUGUAAUUAAGCAGAUAAUGCUGUUGAAGGACCAAAAUGCUGUUACAGCAAAUGUUGUUGAGGUUAAAGCAAAAAACAGGAUAGACGCUCAUGAUGUCGCAAAUAGAAUUAUGCGGAAAGAAAAUUAUCUCAUAGCCCUAUUCAAUAAUGAUAUUUUAGAUCUUUCGCUACCAAUUCCUCUUUAUAGAACGAGUACCCUGACCAAGACCCUCGAGUGGAACCUCAACCUUUGCAUUAUGGGAUUCGCUUUUAAUGAGUCCGGUUAUUUGAAACAAGCGUUUUUGAAGCAAUCACAAAGAGAAUAUCUCAGUGAAGAGCUAAGGAAGAGAUUUAUGCUCGCGGGCUUUUUGAACAUCAUUUUAUCUCCUUUCCUUGUCGCUUACUUCGUGCUAUUAUACUUUUUCAGGUAUUUCAAUGAGUACAAAACAACACCUGGAGCUCUGAGCUCGAGACAAUAUACUCCUAUUGCAGAAUGGAAAUUCAGAGAGUAUAAUGAACUGUAUCAUUUGUUUCAAAAAAGAAUAGGCUUAAGCGUUGACAUAGCCAAUGAGUAUAUCGACCAAUUUCCCAAGGAGAAGACCAAUCUAGUUCUUAAGUUCGGCGCUUUUGUUUCGGGAUCGUUUGUGGCUAUAUUGGCAUUUUUAACCAUUUUCGAUCCCGAGAAUUUCUUAAAUUUUGAGCUCACGCCAGAGAGAUCUGUUCUUUUCUACAUCAGUAUUCUGGGAACUGUUUGGGCUGUUUGCAAAAGUUCGCUCUCGGACCAAUAUAAGGUUUUUGACCCUGAAAUGACCUUGAAAGAACUGAUCUCAUACACGCACUAUGCACCAAAAGAAUGGGAAGGCAGGUAUCAUACAGAGGAGGUCAAACACGAGUUUUGCAAACUUUACAAUUUGCGCAUAAUACUCUUAUUGAGAGAGCUUGCAAGCUUAGUCAUGACACCAUUUAUUUUGUGGUUUUCACUUCCUAAAUCUUCUGGUAAGAUUGUGGAUUUCUUUCGAGAUGUCUCAGUAUAUGUGGAUGGUUUGGGAUAUGUUUGCAAAUAUGCUACAUUUGACAUGGCUAGAGAGAGGAACUUUCAAUACAGACCCAAAAAUCGGGCACGGCGUUCAAGGAAGAGAAAUUCGGCUUUUCAUAAUGAAGAAGAAGAAGAUUAUUCUAGCUCAACAAGUGAGGGGUCGGAUAAAAGCGUUAACAAAAUGAUGCAAUCAUACAUGUAUUUUCUGGAUAGUUACCAGAAUAAAGACAACGAAGUGGGGAAACAUCAGUUGCCCAAAAACUAUGCAAACUUAGACCAGGAGCAUUUAAGGAGGGCUACCAACUAUUCCUGGAAAACCCAGUUUCAGUUAGGACCGCGUUCGGAAAGUUUUCAGAAUAAAAGAGUCAAUACUCAAUCUCGCCGUCCUUCUGAUUUUGCUAACGAACCAAGAAAUGACAGUAAAACCAAAAGAGUUAAUAACAACGACGAAUUGAAGUUUCAAAAUGAAUUUGACAGCAACUUAGGCGAAUCUUUCAUCAACUCCAUUCCUAUAGACGAUUACAAUGGAUUCGGUAAGUUCGAUGAAAGACAUGGAGGUAACGGUGUUCUUGGAUUGCUGAACCAGUAUUAUAAAAAAUCGGACGUUGGCAGAUAA